AUGUCCUCUUACCGUCCGCGUGGCGGACCAAGUCUGCAACAGUCGUACCGAUCACGUCCUUCUCAACGAGACGAUAUCUCUGAUGACCGCUCUCGAUCAAGAUCCCCCGACCGAAGACAUAGCUCUCCUCAUUCCAGAAGAAGUCCUCCGCAUGAUAUCUCCAGGCCUCCUACUGGACCGGCUCAAGGAGAAUUUCGUAUCCGUGGCCGCAGUGCCAGGAGUCCAGACCGACGGCUUGAACGCAGUUAUGACAGACGCGGCUACUAUGACAACGAAGAGGAUCGUGGUUACUACGACCAUGGAUCACCGUCUCCUCGUCGAGGCCGCCCGUACUAUGACCGAGACAAUCCCCAUUCCGCUCGAGACCAUUACAGUCGAAGUCUGAGCAGAGGACGGACACCGCCGGAAGAAAGAUCUUCAAGUCGAGGAAGACCAAGUAAAGAGAUUAUGAUGGAAGGAUUGGCAACACACCUAACUGAGAACGAUAUCUCUACCGAACUGAAGCAAUAUUACCAUGUCGAGGGCUUAGACGAUGUCCGCGUCAUUCGUGAUCGCCAAACCAAACAGUCGAGACAGUUUGGCUUCCUCCGUUUCUCGACGCUGGAAGUGGCAGAAGAUUUUAUGGACCAGAACUAUCCCUUUCUCUAUCUCUAUGGUGAUAGCAACAAGUCUAACGGAGAUGCUUCAAAAGUUCGAAUAGCCUUUGGUCGCGAGCGCAAAGACGUAAGUCGCUCAGAUGAUGCGGAUUGGAUUUGCUCAAUUUGCCAUAUCAACAACUUCUCUACCCGAAACAAAUGCUUCAGAUGUCAGGCAUAUAAACCAGAUUCAAGCUUCGAUGUCCCGGCGAAAGCGGCAAACGUGGGAGACAACGAUGCAUCUCCCGAUAAUGCACCAUCACAGUUUCUUCUUCUACGCGGCCUCGAGCCUUCGGUCACGGAAGAGUUGUUGGUCAAGGGCGUCUCCAAACUAAAUAAACCCAACUCGUCAACAAGUCAGCGAGAUGAGGUACUAUCGAAAAAAGGUGCCAAGGUGGCUUCUACUACGGGAGACUCGAACCUGGGUGCUAAAGAGGGGACACUUCGACGAGUCCUCCUGGUUCGCGAUCGAAGAAGUAACGAGAGCUGGCGGUAUGGUUUCGCCGAGUAUGCUUCUAUGGAAGAUGCCCAGGCUGCUUUGAUACGAUACAGUUCUUUUGAACGAUUCACCAUUGCCUCCAAACAGGUCCUUGUCAGCUACAUACAUGCUGGGGUAUUUGUACCUGUUUUGACCCCAACACCCAGCACAGAACGUUUCACGUUCAGCCCGGUGGGCAAUCCCGCCAUGAAGCUGGCAUACUGGGAUGAGGCUGCGUAUGUCACGGAGCUGGCAGUUAAUAUGCCAACUCCCGGGUCGCAGGAUGCAAAGACCAACUCCGCACUCGCAGAUGGAGGUAACAAGUCGGCGAAAGAAGUCGAGAAAAGCAAGAAGCGAAAGGCGCAAGCUGAAGCUGAAACUGCUGGGGUAAAGAAAGCGGCUCCAUCGCAUCUUCAAUUCUGGAGCAACAGACAUGCCGAGCUUCAUGGUCUCGGACAGAAAUCUCGCAAUGGCGAUGAUACCAAAUCGACCGAUGAGAAUGGUGGCCCACCAUCCCAGUCCUACGCAGAUCCCAACCGAAAUUGUUGCUACCUAUGCAUGCGGCAAUUCGAAAACGCCGCAGAAGUCAACAGGCACGAACGCUUGAGCGAACUACAUCGCCAAAAUCUCCAGGACGAGACAAAAGUCAAGAAAGCCACGGCCAAGCUCGAGAAGCAUGGUAUUCAGCAUCAACCAGCGACAAUCCAGUACCGGGACCGUGCGCGCGAAAGACGCAAAAUUUACGGUGUCGUGAACAAGAAAGGUGAACAAGUGGGUCCUAGCCCGAAAUCUUCAAGAACUACAUCAGACAACGAGACUUCAACGCCAGUCCAGUCGAAAGGUGCUUCGCUCUUGAGUAAAAUGGGAUAUACCACUGGCCAAGGGUUAGGCGCCUCAGGUGAGGGCAUGACGGCACCAAUUAGCCAGAACAUUUACGUUGCAGGGGUCGGUCUGGGUGCACAGGGUGGGAAAGUCGGUGAUGCACUGGAGGAGGCAGAGAGAAAUACCAGAGGGGAUUACGAUGCUUUCGCAGAGAAAACUAGGGAAGGGGCCAGGGAGAGGUAUGCUAGGUUGGGCCAGGGGUAG